AUGCGCCGCCCUGCCCCGUUCCCAUAUCCCUCCCCCCCGAUCUCACCACACGAUGGAGAUACCGAAGGCGGUAUCCGAGCAACGUUUGCGACACCGCCCGAACAGCCUCCAAGUCUCUCAGCUGUCGCUGAGAAGAGGCUGGGGAUAACCCUGGAGGGUAAUUUGCGGCUGAAUCAGAUACUCGGGACCGGAGCCUAUGGCGUCGUCUACUUGGCUGUGGACGCCGAGACAGGAGACUGUUAUGCCGCAAAGUGCCUCGAAAAGUUCAGCGCGGACGGGACGCCUCUAGGCCUCAGGGCCAUCGCCCACCAGAGAGAGGAGAUUCGGCUACACUCUUUAGCGUCCGCUCAUCCGAACGUGGCAUCGUUACACAAGGUCUUGGAUUACCCUGACUGCACCUAUGUCAUCCUGGACUAUUAUCCUGAGGGUGACCUGUUCCGUAAUAUCACCGAGCUCAGGCGGUAUGUUGGCAACGACGAGCUAUGCAAGAAGGUGUUUGUCCAACUUUUAGACGCGGUGGAGUAUUGCCAUGGGCUAGGGAUUUACCACCACCGGGAUCUCAAGCCCGAGAACAUUCUGGUGUCAGAUGAUGGCGAUACUCUAAAACUAGCUGACUUUGGCCUUGCAACUUGUGACAGCGAAUCCAAUGAGUAUGGCUGCGGCUCCAUGACAUAUAUGAGCCCAGAAUGCCUGGUCACUUGUCCUUCUGGCUGUGACCCGUAUUACAAGUGCGGACCGCAUGAUGUCUGGUCGCUUGGUAUCGUUCUCAUCAAUCUGACCUGCGGCCGGAACCCGUGGAAGGAGGCUUUGCCGAAAGACCGGGCUUACCGCAAGUUUACCCAACGCCGGGGCUUUCUCAAGACGAUCCUUCCCUUGACAGACGAGUUCAACGAUAUUCUGUCUGACAUCUUCAACCCGGAUCCAGAACUCAGAAUUACGAUUCCAAAGCUCCGGGCCAGGAUUAUGGAGUGUCCCAGGUUCACGGUGCCCGCCGCAGAAAUUGCGUCUCUGCCCUAA